UCCGCACACGCGCGUGCGUGUACGUAUGGAUGCGCGUGCGCGCAGGCGGAGGAUCGCCGAGCCGAGCCGUACCGUGCAGCAGGCACAAGCCGCUAGGCGCGCAGGAGAAGCCGCAAAAAAUUACAGCAGCCGUUACUUGAACCUGCGAGGAGAGCAGAGGGAGCGUCGGAACUUCAGUGUGCACGAAGCCAGAGAUCCAAAAUGGGAGGCAAGCUCAGCAAAAAGAAGAAGGGAUACAACGUAAAUGAUGACAAGGCCAAAGACAAGGAUGCCAAAGCAGAGGGGGCCUCUGCCGAGGAGAGCGAAGCACCGAAAGACAACAAAGACGAGGCGCCUGCUGCCACCGACACCAAGGAGGUAGCGAAUGACACGGCGGCCAAGGAGGCGCCGGCAGCCGACGCUGCAGCGCCUAAAGAGGAGGAAAAGAAUGCAACUCCCGCCGCAAAGGAACCCGAGAAACCUGCCGCCAACGCUGAGCCGAAAACAGAGGUAGCUAAGAGCGCUGAGCCCGCCAAGGCCGAAGAGAAACCAGCUCCCCCCGCCCCGGCCAAAGAGUCGGCCCCUGCCGCCAAGGAGCCCGAGGCCAAGGCCGCAGCACCUGCCCCGGCAGCCGAGAGUAAAGAUGAGGCCGACGCCAAAAAGACUGAGGCCCCCGCGGCACCAGCAGCCAAAGCCGAGGCGGUCCCCGCUGCCUCCCCUGACCCCAAGCCCACAGAGGCAGCGGCCCCCGCGCCAGCAAAAGAGGCCGCUGCCGCAGCCCCUAGUUCAACACCAGCCGCCGAGCCUCCCGCCAAGGAGGCGAACGCCACAGAGGCACCAAGCAAGGAUCAAACCGUAGCAGUUCAAGAUUAAUGGACAGCUUCUUUUCGGAAAUGAAAAAAAAGAAAGUACCUAACUCAACGACGAUGAAGAUUAAAAAAAAUGAAAAUGAAAUUAACUAGCCCACCCAUAUUAUGAUAAUAACAAUAGUAAUAAUAAUUGUAAUGAUAAUGAUUUGUUGAUUGAGGAGGACUGGAGCAACCACCUGGAGAAGUUUCCCACCGCUGCAGAUGAUUAUUGCUAUUAUUAUUGUUAUAUUUUAUUCUAUUUUUUUCUGCUGUAGUAUUUGAACUUUGAUACGAGUCUUUGUCGGCCAUACGCCUCGCCAUCCCACCUCCAUCUUCCUCCUCUCCUUCAUACGUCAAGACAUUAAACCUGACUCCAUCUCAGCUCUCAGCAGGCCUGCACUCAAACACUCACCUGCAGCCUCCGCUCUGAGGAUCGCACUGGAUCAAAAUUUGGGAGACGUGGGACUGAGGGAAGGAGGGGUUUGAGAAAUCACUUUACCAGCUGGACUUCCACUGAAUCUGUCCACUCUUCAGCUCUCCCUCUUCCUCUCAUCCUCCUCUUCAGAGUUGUGGUCAUGUCCUUUUUCCAACCCAUCCUCCCCCCGCCACAGCUUUUUGGUAUUGUUGAGUUGUGUUGCUACCCAUUUCCCUCCUGGGGUCAUACGCCACUCUCUCUACAUGGCAAUACCUGAUUAAAAACACAAGUUUAAAUCCAUUUUGAGGACUGAGAACACUCAGACUUUCUAAGACAUUUCGGAGGUUGAAAAAGGGCCGACUUUGCAGAGCAAAACACAUUCUUAGACGUAUAAAACAGUCGUAGGAAUUUUUCAGAUAAACUUCUAGAUUUUGUACUGAAACCCUUAGGUAUAUUGUACUGUAAGUGAACUAAGUGGUUUUUUAACAUUUGUAAUACACUUAUAAAAUCUGCAAAGCCUCACUGAAAAGAUCUCCCCAGUGUUCUUAGAAAGCCUGAUGGAAAUCUCUGAUGAACCCCCCUUUCAAAUCUGAUGACAAAUUAUUACAUCUGCUGCUGACCUGGGUGAGAUAAACUUUACAAUCACGUCCGAGAGUUAGUUCGAUCCCACUUAGAUACCAAGGUGGUGACGUUUACUGCAUCAGGAGUUCAAAUCUUCUCUGUGAUUGUCUUCAGUUUCUGGAAAAAUAACUCAAAUCCUCCCAUUAUUUAAAUAAAAGUAGACAUACUUUGAUAUACAGUAAGUAAAAGUUUCCACAUUCUACUUAAUAUACAAAAUAUACUUAAAAAUAAAAGUGUAUUGUUAAAGUAUAUUUAUACAGUGGACAGUGAUGGAAAGUGUUAUUGCUUUUUUAAAGAAAAUCACAAAAGGACAAGAACCCCUCACCCCACCACCACCACAAAAUGCACAUUUCUGAGAUUGAGGAAGAAAUAUAAUUAUGGGUAAAGUAUUUUAAUUAAACACCUCAACCAGUAGAUCCAUUUAAAAUUGGUAUAUAGAAUAAAUAUUUGAUGAUUUUAGGAGAAACAUCAGUGAAGCUGUGCGUCCUUUGGAGCAAACCUCACCAGUUUGGUACCUGAGCAGGUGAAAGACGAGACGUUGGGUCGAUCUGGACGAUCCGAGUCAUCUGCAACCUAUUUAAUCUACGAUGGUCCACGAUCCUUUGGCAGCCGCAUGCCAUGCUAUCAUUAUGGGAUGGAAAAGCCUUGCACAUGAAAAGGGAGCUUCUGAUUUUCUCAUUUUCAUCCUUCAUGCAUUUUCCUUUUCCUUUUACAGAAAUAUAUAUAUUACGUAUGCAAACGUGUAUGCAGCGGUGGAAGAAAAGUUACUCCUGUUACUCUGAGUAAACACAGUAUUAAUGUGGAGAAAUCUCCAUGUAUGUGUCAUUUUAGUUAAAAAGUAUCAGAAGUAAAACUACUGAUAGUGACAAAGAAAGUUUUUAGGAUUGUCGAACUUCAGACUCGGCAGAAAGGAAGGAAGCUUUUACCUGAGCUUUAAAAAAAAAGGAAAGAGGAAAAAGAAAGAGGAGAAGAAGGAAGGAAAAGACAAGAAAUAUCUGAUUUAAUGGAAUUCUAUAUUCUCCAAAUAAGUUGUCAGGUAUAUAAAGUGCAGUAAAUAUUGCAAAACUUUCCCUCUGAUGUGUAGUACACUACUUAUUUUUGGAGUUUAAAACAAUCCACUGGUUUACCAGCACCUCAGAAUUGUCCCCAGCGUCAGUACUUGAGUUAACAUGUUUUUCCUAAUUUCCACCUUUGCAUAUAUGUAGAUAUAUAUAUGUAUAUAUUUGUUCAUCUCAGCCAUCCAUCGGCCAACUUUUCAGUUCCAUCAAGUGACACGCAGCGUGUUCCUCGCAGCACUCGUCAAACUGUAGCAGAAACAAACACUCGAGGAGCGCUGUGGGUCACUCGCCUCUGUUUUUCUUCCUCCCUUGACUCAGUAAAUUGCAUGUCCGUGGUUGGGUGAACCUGUAGUCCUGUCUUUUUGGUCAAGUGGAAAAAAAAAAUUAAUUUCUCAGUCUGCAUCCAUGGCAACUACAGUUGAUAUUUUCAUCCCAUGUCUCACCACUUACUGCUAUUUCAACACCACACGUUCAUCCAAAAACAAAAACAAAAAGAUGAUAUGGUAAUUGAUGCAUUCAAAAUUAUAUGUACUUGUAUAAAUGGUGCAACAGUAAUAAAAUGUAAGAAAUUGACUGAAACUCGA